CUCUCUCUCUCUCUCUCUCUCUCUCUCUCUCUCUCUCUCUCUCAUGGCGAGACAAUGUUGAUGUGAUCUGGUCCGUUUAUCUGCGUUUCCAUGGCACCUAGACGCCGGCAACAACCACCAGGGAAUACCCCGUCUGGUCCUAGUCCUUAUAAGCCUCCAUCUGCUGAUGGUAGCACAAGUAAUGUUGUUGAGGCAUCGGGGGCUGCAAAUCAUGGAGAGAGUGUUUCUACUACUCCGAGAAAUGGUACUGUAAAUAGAAAUGCACUUGGCAGGCCUCUACCCACAAGGAAUUGGGAGCGGAAUUAUAUAAACAACUAUGGGGGUUAUGGUGGAUUUCGAGGACCUUAUGGAGGCCGUCUCUAUGGUAAUAACAUGUAUAGAGGCCCGCCAUAUACAGGUUAUGGGAUGUAUGGAACUGGAAUGUAUAACAAUGGAUAUGGGGGCCCGGUGGGUGGUUAUCAUGGGAUGAGCAUGGGUGGUCAAAAUGGUGAUCAAGAUCCAAAUAAUCCGUCUGACCCUCCACCACCAGGCUUUUGGAUGUCCUUUCUUGGAGUGGUGCGAGGUGCUGUCAUGUUCCUCGGUCGGAUUUCAAUCCUCAUUGAUCAGAACACCCAGGCCUUCCAUAUGCUCAUGUCAGCUCUCCUUCAGGUCUUUGAUACUUCUGGAAUAUUAUAUGGUGAGCUUGCAAGCUUUGUAUUCAGACUGCUAGGGAUCAUGCCAAUGGUCAAUAAAGCCCGACAACUGCAACCUGGUGCACCUUCUGGUACCAAUUUGCGGAAUCAAAACAACAUCAAGUGGCCAAAGACUGCCAGCAACCCAUGGGACAAUAUUUGGGGGGACGGUUGCAGUAGAGAGAAGUGAUCAUUGUCUAUAAUAGAUUUGAAAGGAACAUCCAGGGAUGCAUGUACAGAGGUAUGAACAUAGCUGAUUUCAUAUGUGUUAGGCCUGCAUAGAGUUUGAAACCGUGAGAAGGAAAGAUUGGUGCGAAGGAAUGAUCUAGAUUUCUUUCCAGUGAUGCCAGCUUCUAGAGGUUACGUGUUUUCUACACCUUUUCAAUUGUUUGAUUGUUAGACAGGAGAUACAUGUUUUUUACACUUUUCAAUUGUUUGAUUGUUAGACAGGAGAUUCAUUUCUUCCCUAUACUUGGAAUAAAAGCUGAUUCUUUGAUUCUUCAGCUGCUUCUAUGCUCUGAUGCUGCUACCCAUAUCAGUAAUGUCUGAGAAGUGUUAUUACAAUAUUAUAAUGUCAGGUCGGAAUUUAGUACCA